UAUUUUAUAUUUAAUAUAAUAAAUAAAUAUGUUUUAGGAAGAAGAGGACCGGGGCGAGCCGCCAAGGCGACUGGUAUGUGGUUAAAGAAAAUCUGAAAAGAACAAGAAAAACGAAAACAAAUGGUAGUAGAAAACAGAAAAUGGAUCUGUACAAGGUGUUGGGGGUGAAUAGGAGCGCCACCAAAGAAGAAAUCAAAGAAGCGUUUCGAAAGCUGGCAGUGAAAUAUCAUCCCGACAAACACUCCCAAUCCCCAAAACCCCUCCGAGACUCCGCCACCCUCAGAUUCAAGCAGGUCUCUGAGGCCUACCAGGUCCUCAGCGACGAUCGCAAGCGUGCCCACUACAAUCUUACCUCUUCUUCUUCUUCUUAUAAUUAUUCUCAUCAAUACAGCAAGGCCAGCCGCGGCUAUGCCUACGCUUCUUCCCCUUCCUAUUCUUAUUCUUACAAGAAUAACAUCUGGAAUAUUGCGUUUCGUUUCUUCUCAACGCGAGCCUUCCUUCUCAAUCUCGCCUUUGCCGGUGUCUUGUUUGGUGGAAUUGUUGCAUUUGAUACCAGCAGAGAAGCAUUGUGGAAAAAGCGGAAUUCUGGGAAAUCAUUUGAAGAAGCCAUGGAGUCACUUGAGAAAGCCAAAGGACAUAGAAAUACAUAACAAGACUAUUGCUCAAAUUCUGUCUGGCUUAUGCUAGUAUGAGUUCCAAUAUUUAAUCAUGGUGCCUUGUGUCUUACAACUUUGUGAAAUAAAGAGUAUUGCUGUAUAGUUCCUUAUAUAUGUUUGUUCAUUUUUUAUUUUCCAUUUCUAUAGUAAUUUAAUAUCAUAGUUUUCAGUGUAUGAUGGUAUAAGUUAUUGUAGUACAAUGUCUACUUCUCAAACAUGUAAACUCAUGGUUGUAUAUGUUAAAGGCACAUCCAUGUCUAACCUCUCUGCUGCUGAACCAUCUUUAUCUCUAAUUCCAGGAGAUGAACUUAAUUCUAAUGAAUCUUGUUCAAGUCAAUAAGCUACUAACUCCUUUAUUCUUGUAGGAUUCUCUUCGUUGUAAUGCUAUUGGAAAGGUGUAAAAAAGAGUUGUAAAGACUUUAGCUCCAGAAAAAUAAGAUCUUAGCAUGAACCAAACUAUAGAAAUAUAAUAAUUCGAGUAGGAGAUCAUAAUUGAUUUAAGCUAAUCUUGCUUCAUUUCUCUUUGUGCCUCUUACUGGAAUAGCAUAUAAGAGAGAAUAUUUUAAGAUUUUUUCUGGAUACCAACUAGUUUAUAUGAUUAGUUUGAGGGAAAUGGACAUUUUAUCCUUAGCUAAUAUUUGAUUUUACAUAUUUAUGAAUAAGGAAAGCUCUUUCCUCUUAAAAUUCAAUAGGGUUAAUGCUAUGUAUGGUCCUUGAACUAUAGUGAAAUGUUUAAUGUGAUACUUGAACUUUAAAAAUCUCUAAUGUGAUACCAAACCAUGAAUUUGUUAACUAAUGUGAUAUGUACCUCUAAUGUGGUUAGAUCCAAAUCAUAACUCGUGGCAAACAUACAACCUUUUAACUAUCAUAUUAGCUAAUAGAUUCAUAAUUUAGGUACUGCAUUAAAGAUUUUUAAUGUUUAGUUAUCACAUUGAACAUUCCACUAUAAUUCAAUGGCCAUUCUUAACAUUAUCCCAAUUCAAAAAGAUAAAUGAAGGUGAUGGAGAAUUGGGGUUUAGAGGUUAGCCUUUAGAUACCCAUGUUAUUUCUGUUUCUACUAGGUUUUGGAUGAUGAAAGAUAAUGAGAUUUUCUCCCUCUAUUAAUUUUUGUGAUGUUGAAGGUCAAUAUGUUAACAUUUUUUGUUUUA